UGGGUUUUGUGCAUGUGUGUGUGUAUGCAUGUGGAUGCAUGCUUGUGUGCAGCAGGGGUGUGUGUGUUUUCCUCUCUCUCUCUGCCUUUCUGCCUGUCAUUGCCUUCUGUUGGGACUCUUGGGAAGCUUUGCCGUAGAGGAGCUACAAACCAACAGGUGCUGCUCUCAUCAUGACCCCCAAACUGAGCGUGCUGCUGCUUUUGCUGGCUGUUGCCGCGGUAACGGUGCUGGCCCAGAGGCGACGCCCGGCUUCGACCACCACCACCACCGAUGAGUGGAACUACAGGGAUGGCUCUGAUAGGGUGAACAUGCGAGGCGUGUCCAACCUGACUCAGGUCCUGGACAACUGGAGGUUCGACAUCCUGAACCAGAUGAAAGGACUCCUGCAGAACGACCACCAGUCGCUCCUGCCGGACUACGCCAGGAUCCAGCCUCUGUCUGAGGCCCUGGACGACCUCUACAAGGAGUUCAACGCCCUCAAAGCUCACCUGGGCGACUUGACCGAGAAGUUCGCCGCCAUAGAAACUUUCAUCGACGAGGUUAAGGCCGGCCAAGCCAGCAACGCCAACGCCGCUCCGGCUGCGGCUCCAGCCGCCGUCCCCAGACAGCCUGGGAGGAGGGUGAUGAAGAAGAAGGCCACCACUUCCUCCACUGCCCAAAGUGGCCAGUGAUGCGCUUCUCCCAUCCUCUGCUUCUGCUCGUGGCUGUUCAUCGUAUCCAACAGUGCUGGCACUCUGAAGCUAAUCUAUUUUAUAAUUUCACAUUUUUUGGGCGUUCUCAAUUUAAAACACAAAAAUUGAAAUACUAUAAUGUUAGAUUUCAAAUCACAGAUGGUGCUGAAAUGAAAAGAUGUCCUGAGCUGACUGAGCUGCUCUCGGUGAGUUGUCAGGGUGUUUUUGGUAUUUUGUAGAAAAGAAAUUUUCACAUAAAUAUUCUUUUACUUUUACACAGUUCUAUUUGAUGUAAUUGGUGGAAACAGAAUAUAAAAUCUGCACUUGUUUCAGUGAUUUUUACAGUGUGACCUCUGAGAACGUCGUAUCUCAGCAAAACUCUUUUCUUAUUUCUGUUUUGUUUGCCUGCUGUGUUCAGUCACAGCUGCUGAAUGAGCUGGUAACUUGUUGUGUUUGUCCUGAAAGCUUUUGGGCAAACAUGCUCGUUGGUUUGGGUUUGCCGCUGCUUUGUAUGAGCUCCAAAUAAACUCACUUAUUGCAUUCA